ACAACCCGGAAGUAAGGCUGUCGCGUGUUGUUGUAUACAUGCAGCUCAAGCACCGGCUGCGAUGCUGGGUUGUAUGUUUUAAAUACUAUCAUUUAACCUUACAUUACAAUGAUUAAUGUUUGAAUUUUUUGAGUUUUGGACUAAGAAAAGAGUCAGAAGAUGAAGGUAGUCGCGUUAAUAAGUGGAGGAAAAGACAGCUGCUACAACAUGAUGCAGUGUGUUGCUGCUGGUCAUCAGAUUGCAGCUCUGGCCAACUUGCGUCCUGCUGACACAGAUGAGUUGGACAGCUACAUGUACCAAACUGUGGGUCACCAGGGCAUCGAGCUGUACGCUGAGGCCAUGGACUUGCCGCUAUACCGACGCACCAUUCGGGGCUCCAGCUUGGACACCAGUAGACACUACCAUCAGACAGAAGGGGACGAGGUGGAGGACCUUUAUGAACUGUUGAGCCUCAUCAAGGAAACAGAGUGUGUCGAGGCAGUGUCAGUAGGAGCCAUUCUGUCUGAUUACCAGAGAACUCGUGUUGAAAAUGUGUGUUUGCGUCUUGGUUUGCAGCCUCUAGCAUACCUGUGGCGUCGAGACCAGGAGUCGCUGCUAUCUGAGAUGUUAUCAUCUGACCUCCACGCCAUUGUCAUCAAAGUUGCCGCUGUUGGCCUGGAUCCCGAGAAGCACCUUGGAAAGUCUCUGGCUGACAUGGAGCCCUACUUGAAACAGCUCUCCCAGAAGUACGGCGUCCAUGUUUGUGGCGAAGGAGGGGAAUAUGAAACGUUUACCCUGGAUUGUCCUCUCUUCAAAAAGAGGCUCGUCAUUGAUGCGGCGGAGACAGUGAUCCACUCGGCAGAUGCCUUCGCUCCGGUCGGCUACCUCCGUUUCACCGCCUUGCACACCGAGAGCAAAGCCAGCGAUGUGGCGGCGGGAGCUGUGGCUCGUUGUCCUUGCCAAAGCGCCAUUGACAAGAUAACCGAGGAGGUGGAAUAUGCUGAUGGAGCCGGAGACGACCACCACCAUCGAGAAUUUACAUCAGACAUUGACCUUAGUUGUCAGCAGGGCCACGUGCUUCCUGGAGAUUUCCCUCCAUCCUGCUCACUCAGAAGUCACAUGGGUUAUCAGUGGAUAUCUGGCAUCAACGGGCAACAAAGCCAAGACCCGGGGAUCCAGGGCCAGACUGCGGCAGCUUUCAUACUCUUGCAGAGUGAGCUGAACAGCCGAGGCUGGAGCAUGGAAGACAUUGUCCUUGUACACCUGUACGUGAGCAAUAUGGACGACUUUGGUCCACUCAACACAGUGUACAAGAAUCACUUUGGCAUAAACCCUCCGGCCAGAGUGUGUGUGCAAGCUCCGCUACCUGCUGGCCGGCUACUUCAGAUGGACUGUCUCCUCCAUAACUGGACCAAGCCCCCAACGGAGGGCAGCUUUCAUCACAGAGAGGCGCUGCAUGUACAGAGUCUUUCUCACUGGGCCCCGGCCAACAUUGGGCCCUACAGUCAAGCCCUCAGGGUAGAUGAUGCUGUGUUCUGUGCGGGCCAGAUCGCACUGAUCCCCUGCACCAUGCAGCUGGUGAAGGCUGGAACAAGGAUGCAGGCUCAGUUGUGUGUCAGCCACGUGCGAAAGGUUCUGGAAGCCAUGAUCAGCUGCUUGACUCUGGGCCACAUCAUCCAGGUCCACUGCUACACCACAAGACGCCAGGACAUCCCUGUUAUCCGCGCUGUAUGGGUACGCAUGCUGGAGCCUGCAGAAGAGGAGCCGACUAUGGGGCCUGACAGUAAACCUGCUCCAUCACUGGUGCUGGUUGUUGUACCUGCCUUACCCAAAGACGCUGCCGUCGAACUCCACAUCACAGCCGUCCAGGAUGACCCCAGCCGAAGGACUUCCUGUCACAUGACCACAAAGUUGGGUUAUGGCCAUAUAGAGUGCCACACUCUGACAUCUGCUGACCGAUGCGGUGCUUCCCUGUCCCUCUGCCUGGCUGUACUCGACCCUGAGAUCAUUGCAGAUGUCGGCGAGGUCACGGAAGCAAUCGCCUCGGCUUUUGACAAAGCCCUGAAGAAGACGGAAGCCGAUCUGCUGCCGCUUUGUGCACGGGUGUUCUACAAGUGUGACCACUCGCUUGGACGAGGGGUCGUUGAAGGACUCGAGGACACCUUUAAAAAGUUUCUAGGACAGUCCAGUCCAUCCGUUGCCCUGGUUCCAGUCCUGGACUUGCCCGACUGCCGCAUCCUCCACCUGUCCUGCUGGCUCAGCGCAUAAGAACCACAGCCAGGAUCGACAGCCGUGCGACAUUGGAGCUCAGUGGACUAUUGACUAUUCAAACCUCCAUGUGAUAUAAUCAUGUUUUCAUCUAGAAUCCAUCCAAUUACCCUAUAAUGCUGUGUUUCCAUCUCAGUCUCAAGGAUUUCUUAGGACGACAGAGGGCGGAAUCUGCAUUCUAAAAUGGAGUCCCAAGCUGUUGAUGGUUCAUGGCCUUGCUCAGGAAGUCAGUCCCCCGCAGGAUUCAUUCAGGACCUACGUCUUUCCAGUGCCUAAGCUGAGUCCUUACAGACUGAUGUCCUACUGCAAAGUACCUCCUAUUCAGGGUUCUCCAAGCUAGGGUUCCAAGACUGGAAACCACUGCAGGCUGCUCAUUGGUUGAUUAGGUCACAAUCGCUGUUUUGUUCUUGUAACAUUUGAGGACCAAAAUAAACCUGCCACCAUCCGUAGCUCUGGAUGCCGCAGUAUUAUAGUCUACGGUCUGUGUCGUAUUUCUUGGAUAAAAUUUGUCACGGCUGCUUUUUUUGUAUCACAUAAUUGGAACUGGAUUAUAUAGUUGGCCACAUUUGCUCCACUUCACUGCAGCACUCCGUUUUCUUGUUGGCUUCAGUCUACUCGUCAGAGUGCAUUGUGGGUUUUUUGCCGUGUGGAGCUAAGUCAGUACUGUGCAGUGGAAAAGUGUCUGACUCUGACUGGAAAUGGUUAAAAACUUUGAUUUAACAUGAUACACUGAUAUGAAACGGGUCUCACAGUCAGAGAUAUUUAUAUAUAAUAUACCAUUAUCCACCCUCGGCCAUCUCUGUGUGGAGUUUGCAUGUUCUCCCCGUGCAUGUGUGGGUUUUCUCCGGGUACUCCGGUUUUCUCCCACAUUCCAAAAACAUGCUAGGUUAAUUGGCGACUCCAAAUUGUCCAUAGGAAUGAAUGUGAGUGUGAAUGGUUGUUUGUCUAUAUGUGCCCUGUGAUUGGCUGGCGACCAGUCCAGGGUGUACCCCGCCUCUCGCCCAAAGACAGCUGGGAUGGGCUCCAGCACCCCCGCGACCCUCGUGAGGAAAAAGCUUUAGAAAAUGAAUGAAUGAAUAAAUGAAUGUUUUUUUAUUUCCAUUUUAAAUUCCAUAGACAAUGUGAGCAUCCUUACAGACCAUUAUCCAAAGCCGAUUAAUUGUUCAGUUAACAAUGAAAACAGAUGGACCACACUAUACACUUUGUAUACCAAAGUGUCAGCAUUUACUGAACCACUAAUAUGUCGUAGUACUAACAUCCGUCACAACUUUUCAAAUUGUUUAGUGUUACAAAUUGAAGUAACCAACUACUGAUUCAACAUCAGCAGUCGUUUGAACCUAAAAAACUUUGUCACGUCAAGAAAGAAGUCAAAAACAGCAUCUCUUAGCAUUUCUUUGUUUCAGGUAGCUUCCUAGUCAACACCAUUUGUGUGUGUUUGUGUGUCGGUUGAUGUGAUUGAGUCUCCCUCUCAUCUUCCACGGGACUGGAGGUGUGUUAUUAUUGUGUAAUGGGCAAUCAGCACCAGGCACCCGAAAAGAUUAAGCCUCUUUAUGUUUUCUAUUGAUUCUAAAGGCAGCCUGGUUAAUAGGAGAGGGACUUCGCCUCACACCGCCGCAGGCAAGGAAUUAAGCUCAAUGUGUGUGUGGAGAAAAUAACACUAUUAACCGUCGCUCCUGGAACAUUUCUUUUCUCAAAGAUCAUGAAACGUAUUGAUGAACCAGAGUCGGAAUGCAUCUUUCAUACUCACAACGCCGCCAUUAUCACGGGGCCGACUGAUCGAUCCUCGCCACGCCCAGCCUCACUGUUGUUUUGUUUUGAUUGUUGCUAUCAAAAAUUGAACAAUGGAGGCAGCCAAUAGAGCCUGAAGAUUUUUCUUUAUUGACGGUUGAACAACACAAACAAGCAAUUAUUUAUGAACUAGAGCAAGCUAAUACUCUGUAAAGUGUGUUAUGUUCAUCUGUUAUUUGGGGGGGGGGGGGGUUAAAAUGAGAAUAUUUCUAAAAUAAUACAGCUAGUGCUAAAAUAUGUUCAUGAGUACUCUCAAACAUGAGCCUACACAGAAUGGACAGUCGCUAAGAAUGUUCAAAAAUUGUCUAUGGAAUUUCCAAUGGAUUUGUAAUUGAAAAUAAAGAACCCAUAAAAUUUUUAGAAGAACAAUUUCUUUUUAUGUACUACUACGCAAUCUCACUUGGAUAUUAUUACCCAAUGCAUUUUGAGAUGGGAUACAAAAUAAACUAUUAAACAAACACACCUUUUACUCUAUCAUUCAGCCAAGUGUAUUGUUUGUGUGUUGUAUCAGAUCAAAAGGUUCCAAAUGAUGCUUCCUGAUAAACUGUAUUAACCCUUUCCAUGUUUCAGCUUUAAAAAACAAACAAACAAAAAAAACAUACUUUUAUGAUAUACUUUAACAUUUGAGUUUGUUGUGGCCUUUGUAAGCAGUAUGUAAACUCUAAUAAUGUUCAAGUUGUCUGAGAUUUCCAGUUAAAAUUAGAAACAGCAGUAAUGUUACAAGUAAUGAUAAUUGUUUGUUUAUAUGCAUUCAUUCUUGACAUCUAAUUUGUUUUGGUUAAGAUGGCAGAGAUUUUUACAGAAUGUAAUCAGUAUGCGU